UAUAAAAAAAUACAUCCUGUUAGUGUGUUAACAUACAUCGUUGUCGGAACAAAGCUAAGUAAUUAGCACCGGCAAAUGUCAUAACAGCGUAAUAACAGUGCAUGCAUGAGUAUCAACAGUCAUCGUUUAUACAGAAGAAGUAAAAAUGAAGAUGUGGGCACAAGAAAAAAAGGAUCACAACUGAUUAUAAACUGACCUCUUCCCAAUGGAACAUAUCAAAAGGGAAGAGGGUAUGACACAACAUCGUAUUUAUAUGACAAACGGUGGGACAAACGAAGAAGAAACAAGGCGGAGGUCGCAACCCAGUACACAACAUAUAGGAAACAUUUGGGCUCUGGAUGUCAGAAUUCAACAUUGCAGAACUGACUGUUACAACACUGACAGGAGGUGGCGAGAUGCAGGAGCCCAAACUUGAAGAGCUGAGGGUCAAAUUAGGAAGGCUGCAAGAAGGUAAAAGAACCCUGGAAGCAGAAGUUAAGGAGCUCAAAGCAGUCAGCGAGUCUUUGUUGAAAGAACUGGCAACUUUACAAACAGAAUCUUAUCAGCUGGAGCGAAUCCAUAAAGAAAAAGAAGAGCUGUGCAGGAAGCUGCAGUUCCAGUGUGAGGCAUCUGAGCAGGGUUCUACCCAGCAGGUAAAGCAGAACAAGAAAUAUGAGGAACUGCUGGAACAGUACAGAUGUGAAAUCCAGGAAUUCAAGCUUAAACACCGGAAGCAGCGAAUUAAGUUUGAAAACCAACUUCGUCAGUUGAUAGAACAGCAUAAGAAUCUGCACUCUGCCUUUACUCCAGAGAGACUCCAAGAUGAAAUAAAGUGUGCUGAGAAUAUAAAAAGUCAGCUAUUAUCAGCUGAACAAUUGAAGCUGGCUCAGCUGCACCGCCUCGAUGAGGAGCUACAAGAGAGGAAGAAGCAGCAACAGUUGGGUAUAGCAGCUACAGAGACACAGGUGGCCUAAAGCUGCAUGCUCAGUGGUAGUUUGAACGAGGUAAUAGUCCCUCGUUUUAUUUCCAGUUAGAGUCAGUUGAAACAUUCAUUCUUCAUGUCUGGUGAAAAGCUUAAAUCUUUCAAAUGUAAGCUUCUGGGUUUUAAUCAGCCUCAGGUUUGUAGUAUACUGCCAAACAUGUACAGCAAAAACUAAACCUUUACUCAAAAUGAAAUGAGUAAAACUAAAUGUCAAACAAUUUACUAUUCCAUCGUUGACUACUUGAUGUUUUUGUGGGGAUAAUUCUGAGGCGCUGGCUUGUUUUUGUUAUCCAGCCAGUUGCCAAAGUUGAUGGAUUCAUAAAAUCUGAAAUGUUUUUCAUUCAUUGAGAUAGGUGUCCUGUAUGAUUCUGUGUUCAUCUUACAUUAUUAUUGUGUAUUGAUGGGCUAUAAAGGUGUUCAUGUAUUUUUAAAAAGUGAAGUUUUUAAAUGUUGUGACAUUGUUAAAUGGAUUUUAUUUUCUAAAUCUUUCUAGACUAUAAAAAACAGUGAAGCCAUUCACUAUAAAAUACAGUACACACUUGUAUAUACUGUAUAUGCACACAGCCACAGUCAACUUCAGUUUAAAAAGAGAUUUAAUAAAUGACUUUUUGCAGUAUUUCAAAUACAAUGUAAUACUAUCUGAGGUUUUAAAAACACACAUUGACCAUG